ACCCAGAGGCGGGAUUGAGGCAAAUGGCGGCGUCCACAAAACGGGCCACCCGGGGCGUUGAGGAGACCGCGGCAGGGGAGGAACGGCGAGUUCUGGAACCCGGGGCCGCCCCGUUCGGAAAUUUCCCUCAUUACUCCCGCUUCCACCCUCCAGAGCUGAGACUCCGCCUCCUGCCCCCGGAGCUGCUUCGACGGCUCUUCCCUUCCGCCGGUCCCGACACGAGACCGAUCCUGGGGCUCGACGUGGGGUGUAACUCCGGGGAGCUGAGCGUGGCUCUAUACAAACACUUCCUUUCCUUAUGUGAUGGGGAGACCUGUUCAGAUGCUGCAAGAGAACUUCGCCUCCUCUGCUGUGACAUAGAUCCAGUCCUGGUGGAGCGAGCUGAAAAAGAAUCUCCUUUUCCUGGUGGCUUGACCUUUAUCACCCUGGACUUUAUGAAUCAGAGGACCCGGAAGAUUCUCUUGAGUUCGUUCUUAAGCCAGUUUGGGUGUUCAGUUUUCGACAUUGGCUUCUGCAUGUCAAUAACCAUGUGGAUUCAUCUGAACCAUGGGGAUCAGGGCCUGUGGGAAUUCCUGGCCCACCUUUCUUCCCUCUGCCACUACCUCCUUGUGGAGCCACAGCCCUGGAAGUGUUACCGGGCAGCUGCAAGGCGUCUCCGCAAGCUGGGCCACAAUGAUUUUGACCACUUCCGCUCCCUUGCCAUCCGAGGUGAUAUGGCCAAUCAGAUUGUGCAGAUCUUGACCCAGGACCAUGGCAUGGAGUUAGUGUGCUGCUUUGGCAACACCAGCUGGGACCGAAGCCUUCUGCUCUUCAGGGCAAAACAGACAGAGACUCAUCCAAUCCCUGAAUUGAUAGAAGAGGAGAAAGAAAAGAACAGAUUAAGAUUCUUGAGGCAGUGAGAUGGGAGGAGAAGAAAACCAAGAAAAGAGAUAGUGAAAGGGUCUUACACUGAGAAUUAAGAUUCCUGGGUUCACUCUCCUUAACUCCUUAACAGUUUGGUAGCCUCAAAAUCGGGCAGAAACUUGUGGCAAAAUGUCCAAGGCAUGUCGUGUCCUUUUGUACCUCUGGAACUAAGCACAAGCUGUUCCUUUGCUCCCCUUCUCUCUCCCUUAACUCCUCUACUUUGCAAUCUAGGUGAACUAUUUGUCCUAAAAGACUGCUCAAAUGUUACAUUUUCUUAGAAAUCUUCCCUGGCCCCUAUAGUACUUUGCAUUGUUCACUGCAUUUUAGCGGGGACUUUGCAUAUUAUACUAUUUACCUCAUCACAUCAUAACUGUUUACAUCCCUCUUUACCAUGGCCACAAGAUUGAUCUCCUCAAGCCCAACUUAUCUCUGUACACAUAGGCCUAACACAAUGCCUAAUACAUGGCAAGAAGCCGAAAAUUAUUUGUUGAGUGACUAUACAAAUGAACAAAAGAGAAAUCCACCUGAAUUCAAUUAUUGAAAAGAAAAGGGAGACUAUGAUUGGGCAAAGACUACCCAGGAAACCAUGAGAAUUAAAGGAACUUAGAAAGUUGAGAGUGAAAUAAGCUUGGCCUUUGUUCUUGAAGUUUGAGGUAUGUUUUCUCAAACAUGUCUUGAAGACAAAUUGUCCAUAACAAGGCCUUGACUAUUGGUGAUCUGGAAGAGGACAACAGAUAAGGCUGGAUAAAAAAUUCGGAAGUCAUUCACAUAGAGUGAGUAAGAUUUAGUAAAUUCCAAAAAUAAGUGUAUAUGGUAGGAGAGGGCCAGGGGCCAGGUCCUAGGUCUGAGGACUGCUCAUAGUUAUUGAGUGAGGGGGGAAGGAGCAACCAAAAACAGUCUGGUUAGAAACAGAAAAAAAGAAAACAAACAGAAAAAGAUAAUAAUAUAGCACCAUGUGCCAGACAGUGUAACUUCAUUUAUCCUUGAAACAACCCUAUGAGGUAGGUUCUGUUAUCUCCAUUUUGCAGAUAUGGAAACUGAAGCAUAGAGAAGUAAAGAGACUUUCCCAAGGUUACACACCUGGUGAGUGGCAGAGCUGGGCUUUGAACCCAGGCAGUGUGGUUAUAGAGUCUGGGCCUGAGCUGCCGUGAGAUGUCCCAGAAAUCGAGGUUGGGAAGAGAAUUCAGAGACCCAUGAGUUGAGGCAAUAAAAGCAUGAGCUUUGGAGUUACUGUGCUUCCUCACUGUAUGUGUUCAGACCUGGGAACAAGAGACUGAGCCAGGCCACACUUAGCUAUUCCUGAUAUUCUUAGAAUUCCCCUCACAGGAGUCAGACCUAAUCCUAGGUUGAGUCCUAAGUAGUGUACCUGCUGCUGCCUACCAAUUAAACAGGCUUGGCCCUCAUGCUACUGUCAAAUUUAGGAGUUGGCAGCCACAAAUGCAGACAUAGACACUCUUAAGUCUUGCUCCGUCCCAGCAACCCUCUCACUUUACCCUUGACUUGCCAGCAACUCUAACCUCCUGAAUUCCUUAACUUUCCGGUCUGCCCUUAGCUUUGAUUCCUGAGUAGGACCUCCUGAAAGUGGGGGUCAAUCUAUUUCAUCUCAGGACACAGGGAUUCCAAGACCAACUCAAGGGUGGACUAAGAUCCUGAGAUCAAUUGAAUUGGAUCCUUCUCAACCCCCUGGGAUUGACUUUGGCCUGGGGUUGGUACAGUGGAAAAAUACCGUUUGGAAAAAAGAUCUGCUAGUAACUCCUUGUAUGGUCGCCUUGUUCAAGUCAUUUAACCUCUCUGAGCCUUGGUUUACUUAUCUGUACAACCGAAAUAACAAAAUCUUCCUUUUCCUAUGCCUAAAUGGGCCAAAGGAUAUGAAGGUAUUUUGCAGAAUUUAGUAUUAAACAAAAAGAUGCUGUCACACCCUGCAAACAUGCCAGAGAUCAUGCUCAGGCUGCCCUAGACCGCAGCUAUGCUUGGUAGAUCAAAAAGACUUACGAGAAAAACAUCUCAUUUCUGUAGAAAGCAUGCAUUUUACUAUUUCUAAUAGUUUGUUUUUUAGGAUGGGGAAGUUAAAAGGAGUUCAGUUUCAGCUCUAUAGAGCAUUUUAAAGGAAUCAGUGUUGGGAGGGAGCAAUUGUUGCUAACAGAGAUGAGGCCAGUUUAUGAUGGUCUCAGAGUGAUCACAGUGGUUACAGAGAUGAAUUUACCCAUUUCUCUGCAGAUCUUAAUUUAAGAACACUUUGAAACCUCUUUACCCUACUGUGGGCUCUCCCACCAUCCUUCACCAAGACAGUGCAAAGGUGUAUAUAUGGGUCCAUGGUGAGCUGAAGAAUGGCCCCCCAAAUGUCCAUGUCCUCAUUCCCAAAACCUGUGAAUGUUACCUUAGAUGGCAAAAGGGUCUUUGUGGAUGUGAACAAAUUAAUGAUCUUGAGAUCAGGAGAUUAACCUGGAUUAUCCCAUGGGGCCCCAACUGUUAUCAUAAGUGGUAGGAGGCAGAGAGGGAGAUUUGACCACAAUAGAUGUGACAACACAAGAGGUUGGAGUGAGGAAGGGCCAUGAGCCAAGGAAUGCAGGCAGCUUCUAGAAGUUGGAAAAUGUAAGGAAAAUAGAUUCUUUCCUGAAGCCUCCCAUGGAACACAGCUCUGCCAACACUGAUUUUAGAUUUCUGAUCUAAACUAUAAAAGAAUAAAUUUGCAUUGUUUUAAGCUAC